GGGGGUGCGUUUGUGUAGUUGUGUCAGUAUCAGCCUUAAGUUCCAAAACUUGGGGUGUGUUGAUUAAGGCACCUCUUUGCUUCCCUUUUUCCUUUUAUCUCAAACAUGUAGACUUAAGUAGGCUGUGGUACAAUAAUUUGCUUUCGCUCAAAAAGAUGGUUUUGUUACUACACUGUUGACGCUUUGCACUGCUUGUUUAUCUACCUGAGAAUUUGUCAGAAACCCCAUGAAUGUGCUGCGUGUGCUGCUCUGCUCUGCUCUCUCUCAUAAGUAUAUGUGAAUGGGAGAGAAGAGAACCACACCCUUUGCUAAUUAACUCUCUCUCUCUCUCUCUGCACACGCACAAUUCACCACUGCGGUGCUUGUAUGCAAUUUUCUGAAGAAGCUCAAAGCUGGAAUCUUGGCUAAUCUACCAAUGCUAUUCCCAUCCAAAUCUAUGUAGAACAUUCUAUUAGGCCUAGAUUGAAGUGUGUUUACUCAUAAAAGCAGCAUGAAAUUAAGAUCAAAGAAAGGGUGGAAGUCUAUAGUGCCACUCUGUUUGACUGAAAAACCAGCCCGACAUUUUUGUUUCUUUUCAAAAGUGAAAUCAGAUAAUGAUGGUUCCAAAAGCACUCCAGUGUAUCUGAAUGUGUAUGACUUGACACCCAUGAAUGGCUAUGUCUAUUGGGCUGGCCUAGGUAUAUUUCACUCUGGGGUCGAAGUUCACGGCGUAGAAUAUGCAUUUGGAGCUCACGACUAUUCAUCUAGUGGUGUCUUUGAGGUUGAACCUCGCCAGUGCCCUGGAUUUAAAUUCCGGAAGUCCAUAUUCGUUGGUACUACAUCAUUGGAUGCAACUCAGGUCAGGGAGUUUAUGGAACGUCAAGCUGCAAAUUACAAUGGUGACACAUAUCACUUGAUUGUAAAGAACUGCAACCAUUUCUGCAAGGACAUUUGUUACAAGUUAACAGGAAAAAGAAUCCCAAAAUGGGUAAAUCGACUGGCCAAGUUAGGUUCGAUCUUCAAUUGUGUCUUACCUGAGGCCCUAAAAAUUACUGCUGUGCAACAUGAGCCAAAAUACGAACCGUACAACAACAGUGAGAAAAGGAGGCUUAGAAGUACUUUCAGCUGUCUCUCCUCGAUUUCCUCAAGGCAAAAGCAGUUGUCCACGUCGUCUUUGCUACUGCAGUCCCCCUUGAAAGGAUGCCUACGACCGUGGGAACUAAGAAGGUCUGCUAAUGGUUCACUCAAGGAAAGGUAAGAGGAAAGAUUUUAUUUCGAAAUAUGGUCUUGCCUUUACAUGUCUAGGUGGGAAUAUCCAAGCGGUUUCUUGGGAUUCUUCUGUUAUCUGUAUCACAGUGGAGCAAAAUAGCGAUUUUGGAGGCAAAUAUGUGUGAAUCACGAAGGCAUUUGUCUCCCUCUUGGUAAUUCUUUUCGUCAUUAUAGCUGUGUAUUCUAUGUCAAUAUCAAAUGGUGAUUGAUGUAAAUCAACUAACUACGUGUCAAGUGUGAAGUAUCGUCGUGUGUGCAUAGCCAUACACAAUAUUUGAUCGUGUAGACUCUACCCGUUAGUCCAUUUCACAGUAUGAGCAGUUUAGAGAGCAAACUUAGUACUUACUUGAACUAUUCUAGCUGAUGCAAAUGGCAUUGCAUGUUGUUCAAGAUUCUCAUGUACAGAAACGAUAUGUUCUCUAGUUCUCUACACCCCAUCUUCAUGUCAAA